AGUAGCUUUAAAAGGACGCUUAGCCGCUAACUAGCUAGCUAGUUCGAACGAUGUGCUGCUAAUAUGUAUUACCAAUUAGGUAGUUGAGAUCAUUUCUUAAUUUUUGUAGAUGAUAAAGUAAUGUGUGUGUGUUUGUAGAAGUAGCUGUUCAGUGACAGAUCUGUUGUAUUCUGAGCAUGGGAUACUUGGCUGUGUUUCCAGUCAUGAGUGGAAAGCGAGCAUUCUGCCCUGGCUCGACUGGAAAGCUGACAGAUCAACGAAUUAUUGAAGAUCACAUGAUCUCUCAUUACAAAAGGCUGCACUCGGCAAAAGCUUCAGUGGACUGUUCAGUACCCAAAAGUAUGCGUUGUGAUGUAAAAUAUAUUGACCAAAAACGCUGUGAACAGAUAAAAAAAGGUGAGAGGACGCAAUCAGUAAGGUCCCUUUCUCAGAGGAGCCUCAGGUUAAAUGAUCUUCCUUCUUCCUCAUCCAGAAAUGUCAAACCUUCUGCUCGAGGUGCUGAGAGUGCCUAUUUUAACUCAGGUGGUUCCAUCAUGUCCUCCCCAAGACUUAGUACUUCAUUUAAUUGUAAGCAAAUUGUCUAUCCUUCUCAAAUGGUUGCACGGGCUCAAAACUGCCGGCCAUCAUCGGAAUUAAGUUACAGAAGUCCAGAAUCUCAAAGAGACCGCUUCAGUCAUUUGUGUGCCACAUCUUCAAGUCAGACAUUUAAAAGUUUUCAAGACCCUACACAAAAAACCUACAGUGGCGACGUCCUUCUUAAACAUGCCCACUGCUUCACACAAGAAAAGCCGUUCAUUCCCAGAACUCUGAAAACAGACUGCAAGUCCUCUUUGUCUACCUAUCGGUAUUACACUCCUGCAAAUAGGAAAGGAGCUAAAGAAAAGACACAAUCUACAUUUAAUCAACCAGACACUCACCACAGAAGCAAGCAAAGAUCUCCAACAGCACAUGAUUCACCCCAGUCAUGCAGUGUUGACCAUGAUUGGUCUGAUGAUGAGUCAAAUGUUUUUGGACGUUAUGACACAGAAAAUAAAUUCAAAGCUAAUGAUUUUUUUCUCAGCUCCUUAAGGGUAUCACCAGAGGGAAUGAAGUCCCCAAUUAUGAGAAAAGUAAUACAAGAAGAGGAGGAAUUAUUGUACCUUGAGUUUAUUGCUGAUGUAACAAAUGAGAUUAUACAACGCGGCAUCUAUUCUGAUAGAGUCCUGCAACGGGUGUUUGAGCGUCACAUUGACAUGAAUAAACAUCGGUUAGAUGAAGACAGAAUGCGUCACCUUCUGGAAUCACUUCAGAAUGAUUUGCAAAAGCCCCCAUAUUCCCCUGUUACUGUUCUUGAAAACAAGGAAAGAGAAAAUUCUUUACUGCAUGGACACAAAGUAUUAAGUCUUCAGGAAGAUUUUGGAAAUUUUACAGCAGACGAAACCAGCCUCCUCUCUUUUACACCUUUAAGAGAUAAAGACAAAUGGGAACCGGAUAGAGUCAAUUCUAGAUUAGAUACCACACCAGUAAAUGACAGCAUUUUAGAGAAUGCUAAAUCUAUCAGACCAGAUGAUGAAAAGGGCCUAAUUGACUCAGAGCAAGAUAAUAAAAAAAGGUUGGAAAACUAUCAGCUCAGUGAAGACAAGAGGCAUCAGAACUGUGCAGAUAAUGAUGACCUUGACGAACUCGGAAGAAACAUGGCAGAGUCCCUAUAUGUCUCUGAAAUCAACAGCUCACAAGAGGACACUGAACAAGAGUCAUCUGUGAAACUUAGUGAUGAUGAAUUUUGACAUAUACUUAUUGAAAUGAAGACAUUGCUGAGUAUUUAUUUUAAUGUUUUCUGGUCUCAGGUUGUACAGCUGCUUAGUAAAAACAGUAAUUAUUUUACAUUAUAACAGUACAAGGCAGCUCUUAAGAAGUUGGAUGGUAACUUUUAAAUGUCCACCAGCUUAAUAAUGUUGAAAUAAUGAUUUUGAAAUGAUGAUCAAUUGUUACCUUUUUUGUGUGUACUAUGGAGUUCAUCCUAAAUGCAGCAUUGUAUGACAAAGUAAUCAAACAAUACUUACAGUGAUGCAGUUCACAGGAAUAAGAUCGCACAAUAUAGCAUAGCUGACAAUCCAUUAAAUGUCCUUUAGAAAUUAACCAUUCAUAAAAGAAAUAAAGAAUAUUUUCAUUCUU